GCAGUGUAGUAGUACACACCGCCAAUCUUAUUGCAAUGUGUGACAGCUAUGUGACAUCUCGUCAAUUUAUCAAAAAUUAAUUAAUUUGGCGGUGUUUGAAUUAUAAUUUUUCAAGAAAAAGUCAAUAUUAAACCACCAUGAACCCAUGCACCAUUCCGGCACCCGCAGAAGAUAUCGAUGGAGAUCAACGUUGGAUGAGUAUUCAUUAUCGAUUUCUCUCUGAAACCAGAGAAAAAGAUCCGGAUGUAAUUUUUAUUGGUGAUUCAAUACUUCAAGCCUUACAACAUACCGAUUAUUGGAAUGAACUUUUUGCACCUUUACACUGCCUCAAUUUUGGAAUCCAUAAAGACCAAAUACAGAAUGUUUUAUGGCGAAUUAAAAAUGGUGAAUUGGAUAAUGUACGACCAAAGGUUGUAGUAUUACAUGUUGGCACCAACAAUUACUCAAAUACUCCCGAUGAAAUGAUUGAAGGUAUUAUAGAGAUAAUUAACAUUAUUCAAGAAAAACAUCCCCAAAGUUAUAUAGUUAUUCCUACUCUCUUACCUAGAGGUCAUAACCCAAACCCUUUAAGGGAUCGGAUAUCUCAAGUGAACGAGAUUUUAAAAACGAAAGUAGCUAGUUUACCCAAAGUAGAAGUUGUUGUUAUCGAUAAAGGAUUCAUCCAUGUUGAUGGCACAAUCAGUCAUCACGAUAUGUAUGACUAUCUAUUGCUCACAAAUGCCGGAAGCAAAAAAGCCUUUGAACCAGUACAUGAAUUACUAGUGCAGUUACUUAACGAGGGAGAGACUGAAAAAGAUUUAACACCCUCAGAAUAAUUUAUACACAAUUUACAAAACUUUUGCCUUUGCAUUUUUUAACAUGAAAUUAGUACAAUGGUUUAUUUACGAUUUAGUAGAAGUAUUCAUUUAUUUUUUAAAGCUUAAAUGUUAUAUAGUUGUUAAGACAUUGAUCUCUGUUUUAGAUUUUAAAGUAGUAAUCUUAAGAUCAAUUUUUUACUAUUAAGUAAAACUACUUGAUUUCAUUUCAAUAUGAUGCCUAUAUUAAUUUUAACAAAGCUUUGUGUUCUGGUAAUUAUUCCAACAAGAAACUUGUACCUAUCUACUAUUUUUUACAUGAAUUUGUAUGCACUACCCAUUUGUUAUUAAAAUUAUUGACUAAU